CUUUUUCAAGAAAUUGCGAAAGAAACAUAUCUCCACGGACUGUGUAUGCAUGACGUAUUUACUGGUUCUUCUGCGAGCGCAUUUCAGAUACUUUUUUCGAUUUUGUUCCACGUUGAUCGUGUACGAAGCGCAUGCUCAGAUUAUCAAACGGUGCAGUUGUUGCUUUAUCCAGGAAUACCGAGAUUGACUUUCAGAGGAUUUUAAAGAUUUAAAGAUGACCACUUCAUGGAGCGACAGACUGCAGAACUAUGCAGACCUUCCAGCCAACAUGGACGGGCUGGCCAUGAAGAAGUACCGCAGAGAGGCUUACCAUAGAGUUUUUGUAAACAGAAGCUUGGCCAUGGAGAAGAUUAAAUGCUUUGGCUUCGAUAUGGAUUACACUCUAGCUGUGUACAAGUCUCCAGAGUAUGAGUCCCUGGGCUUUGAGCUGACUGUGGAGCGCCUGGUCCACAUCGGUUACCCCCAGGAGCUGCUCAGCUUCGUCUACGACCCCGCUUUCCCCACCAGAGGCCUGGUGUUUGACACCAUGUAUGGGAACCUGUUGAAGGUGGACGCGUACGGCAACAUCCUGGUCUGUGUCCACGGGUUCAAUUUCCUCCGAGGACCUGAAAUUCGGGAGCUAUACCCGAACAAGUUCAUCCAACGUGACGAUACUGAACGUUUCUAUAUCCUCAACACUCUCUUCAACCUGCCAGAGACCUACCUCUUUGCCUGCCUCGUGGACUUCUUCUCAAACUGUGACAGAUAUGCAAGCUGUGAGACGGGCUUUAAAGAUGGCGACCUCUUCAUGUCCUUCAAGAGCAUGUUCCAGGACAUCCGCGACGCCGUCGAUUGGGUCCACUUCAAGGGCACCCUGAAGGAAAAGACAGUAGAGAACCUUGAAAAAUACGUAGUGAGAGAUGCAAAGUUACCUCUCCUGCUGAGUAGAAUGAAUGAAGUAGCCAAGGUGUUCCUGGCCACCAACAGUGACUACAAAUACACACACAAGAUCAUGACAUACCUUUUUGACUUCCCCCACGGCCCAAAGCACGGGACGUCCCACCGGCCGUGGCAGUCAUACUUUGACCUGAUACUGGUGGAUGCCAGGAAGCCUCUGUUCUUUGGAGAGGGAACGGUGCUCAGACAAGUCGACACAACGACAGGGCGGCUGAAGAUCGGGACCUACACAGGACCCCUGCACCAUGGCAUCGUCUACUCUGGAGGUUCUUCUGACAUCGUGUGUGACCUGCUGGGGGCCAAGGGCAAGGACAUCGUCUACAUCGGAGACCACAUCUUCGGGGACAUCCUCAAGUCCAAGAAACGCCAGGGCUGGAGGACCUUCCUGGUCAUCCCCGAGCUGGCCCAGGAGUUGCAUGUCUGGACUGACAAGAGCUCAUUAUUCGAGGAAUUGCAGGGCCUGGACAUUUUCUUGGCAGAGCUCUACAAGCAUCUGGACAGCAGUAGUAAUGAGAGGCCUGACAUCAGUGCUCUCCAGAGAAGGGUCAAGAAAGUGACCCAUGACAUGGACAUGUGCUAUGGUAUGAUGGGUAGUCUGUUCAGGUCUGGCUCCAGACAGACUCUGUUUGCCUCUCAGGUGAUGCGCUACGCUGACCUGUACGCUGCCUCCUUCAUCAACCUCCUGUACUAUCCCUUCAGCUACCUCUUCAGAGCUGCACACGUACUGAUGCCCCACGAGUCAACGGUGGAGCAUGCGCACAUCGACAUGGACACCGAGUCCCCCCUGGCCACACGCAACCGCCACUGCACCGACAGCAAGGACCUGGAGUGCUGUAGCAACAAGAACCGCAGCCAGCUGACCCGGUCCAUCAGUGAGAUCAAACCCCCCAACAUGUUCCCCCAGACCCCCCAGGAGAUCACCCACUGCCACGAUGAAGAUGAUGAUGAGGAGGAGGAAGAGUAGAUGGAGAGAUAGAGGAGGAGUGAAAAACCAGCUUGAUUCCUUCCUGAUGAUUCCCUAAGGGGUUUUAGGAUAUAUAUACUUAUAGGUAGUUAUAGACUAUACUGUAGUCUAUAGAAGUCCACAGUAGAAGUCAAUGCAGGAUACAUUGGAAUGAGGGGGAGGGGAAAUGGACAUUGUGAUGUAUCUAUAGGAGAUUUAUAUAUAGAGAAAUUGAGCUACUUUUUAUACUAGAGAUGUAUGGGUAUGCGAGUGUCUGAGAUCUAUAGGUUUUAUUCAUCAGAUCAGUCAACUGUAUGUUACUACAGUAACAUUUGCUGCUCGUUUCUCCAAAAAACGUUGCCCCGUGCCCACCACUUUUCAAGUUUUAUAUUUUCAAUGGUUGUUUUUCUAUGAUGGAAUGGGAAAAGGUUGACUUGAAGUUGGUCAUUUUUUUAAGUUGAUGAAGCUAAAACCGUUUUUACGGCAUGUGAUGUUGUAGCAGACAGAUAUACAUGAAUACACACAAGAAGCAAAUAUUACAAACACGACUUUUCUCUAUACUGACCUUACACAGUGUCUGGUCAUAGAGAAUCACUUUUUGUGUGUGUUUACAUAGUAUACCAUAAUGUAGGCACCAUACUGUAGUUUGAAUGUGAAGCGCUAAGGCAGAAUAGCCUUUGCCAAACAGUAUGUACAGUACUGUAUAUAAACUCUAUAUACUGUUUUGCUGUUAUCCUUUUGAAAUGAAAGAAAGUGUUCUAGCCUUGCGGUACUGGCGUUGAAAGAACACGAGUAUCGAGCAACAUGGAAAUCCAAAAACAUGGUCUCAAAAGUAUUUGCUCACAGUUUGUUAUUUUUAUACUUUUUUUGCAGUAUAAUUCCUCCCGUCGUGACUCUGCAAAACACAGCUUGUGUGUGUCUGGCCUUGGCCAAUCAAAAGUUGAUUUUACGUCGUCCUGAGCGACUAUAACCAAGGCAUCCAUAAUUGUACUAAAGAACAGUGUGGUGUAUGUUUUGGGUUAUACAAAGCACAAGUCUGAUUGUGGGUAACUAAUUGUCAAUAUUAGCUCAAUAUGACAUGAAGCGUGUUGUCUAUUUAAAGGAUGGUGCACAUAAUGUAAUCUGUGACUCUGUAUGGCUAAUUUCAACUGACGUUUUGAAAUGCAUGUUGUUUCUAGGCAACCGUGUGUACAGGGUAACAGUUAUGCUGUAUCUGUACAGAUGGGCUCUAUGGCAACUACAGUGUAUGUGGAUUGUCACAUAGGCCUAAUGCUGCGGCACAUAACAUUGUAAGUUAUGGAGAGGUUGUGACCAGUAUUACUGUUCUCAUACAUUAUACUGUAAAAUGCAAGACAUUCAUCUUGCAAAGACCAUUUUCUUGUUCUCCUGUAGGAUGAUAUGAGAUAUCGAAACCUGCAACAUCGUUACACUAUGUGCAGCUAACAUGCAGUAGAAGUUUACCUUUUUUACUAAGCUUGGAGUUGUUUUGUUGGGGAUUCUCUUGAAUAUUACAUCGUAACAGUUUUAUUUUUCAUUGCAAUAGAACCGCUUUAGUUAGAACUGUCAUUCACCCCUACCUAACCGUGUGCCAUGUGUGAUUAAUAUGGUCUAGUGUUUCCCAAGUAAUUAUUUGCAGUUAACAUAGAGUACGUUAUGUAAUAGGAACAGACCUGGGUUCAAAUACUAUUUAAAAUGUUUCAAAUACUUUAGCCUGCCUGGAGUGCCAGGCAGGCUCAGUCAAGCCCCAAUAAAGUAUAUGAAAUGAUUUCGAAUAGUAUUUGAACCCAGGUCUGAUCUAGGUCUGAUGAGGAAUAAGUGGCCUUGAUAUGCAAAAAUGAAAUCCAGGUCAGCCUGGAUGCUGUGACGUGUGGCAUUGCGUAGGCCUUGAGAACGCACGGGCACCAGACAAGGAACCAACGCCUCGGCGAGAGGUAGUUUGUGUUUGACCGCCCGUAGAGGUUAGGGUGGGCCUGGGAAAAGGGCAAGGGGCGCCCUCCUGACUGGUGGGAAUAGGUUGUAGACUCACCCUAGCAGGCCUAUGAAGUAUGGAGGAUAUAUAUAUAUAUAUAUAUAUAUAUAUAUUGCCAUUUAGCAGACGCGUAUGAAGAACUGUAGCUACAGUAUUCUGGAGUUUGUUGGACCACUUAGGGGUAAGAAACACUGAAUGAUUCAAAGAAGCACCUGAUAAUUCCCACCAGGGUUGCAUUUGCUGUCUCCAAACAUGAGCAAACCUUUUAAUUUAAAAAUGGAAAUUGCAAUCAUUGAUUAGGCCCACAAUUCCACUGGAACUUGAGAUACUUAAAAAAAUGUGACUGGAAAAUGUUACUGAAUUGCUUAAUAUUAAACUUUCCUGUUUAGCAACGGAAAUGCAAAACAUUUUCAGUUGUGUGUCCUAAUGAACAUGACCCAGAUGGUAUGCAGGACAGGAAAACUGCCCUGGAAGAGGGAAGGAUUCUUUUAUCUGCAAUAUCAUAUGUGUAUGCUAUGUAAAACACGCGUAUCACUUCAUUUUUAAGGCAUGUAGUUGUGUAGCUAGAGGUUUCGAUUGGCCCGUUGAUUUGGGCUGAUGAAGGGAAGACCAAUAGCGGGUCUAUGUAACCCGGUGGUGUUUGCCGAGGCAAGUAGUGAAACGGUGAAUGUGUGUCCAUGGGUUCAAUUGGGGAUCUUUGUAACAAUUUUAGUAAGAGUAGAAUCUGUUUUAGAGGAACUAUAUAGAGUGGUCAAUAUUUUAUUACUCUCUGAAAAAAGUUGAUCUUUUAAGUAUUGAUUUAACUGGCAAUACUACAGAAACACCCGAGGCAGCUGUAUUCCACACCUGGUUGUUAGUCGUUUUUUGGUCUCAUUACUGACGAAUUCAUAAUAAAGCUUGGUCGUUGGAGAAAAAUCUGAAGUCCUUUUCUGUGAAAACACUUUACAAUACAUUAUUUCUAUGCAAUGACUCAGUACAGUGCAUUAUACAUGUAAACUAACUUACUAAAAGGCUGGCCAAUGCAAGCAAAUGGCUUACGUCAAAGUUGUUAUAACGGUAUAGGUAGAACUAGGUUAGGGCUACACUUGAUAUGUGGAAGAAAAAAAACAUGUACUUCUGUGAGAAAAAGCUCUGGCCUCACAAGGUCUACAAGAUCAUCUGUGUUGUAACAAUUGUACAUUUAAUAAUAAUAAUAGCCUUGCAGGAGAUAUGCUGAAAAAUGGGGGAUGUUGAAGAGCAUCUAUCUACCUUGCGUCAGAAAUGGCACCUUUUUCAACAACAACACCUUGGUUUUGCUGUUUGUAUUUGUUUUUUCUAACCAGUGUUUUCAGAUUCUUAGUUUACAACGUUGUAUAUAAUAAUAUAAUAAGCAUUUCCAUUUACAUGUUGUGGAAAUGUUCCUUAAAUUCUUUUUUAUUUUUGUUGUCUUUGGCAUUUUUCCGGUUUCAGACACCGUUUUUUACUGUAACGGCUUCAUUGAGUAUGUCUGAGCUAGCUAACCCUGGCGAACAGGCUAAUGCUACGAUCAAUUUGGCCAAAUUAUACAAUAUUUCAACAAUUGCAGACCGAGGGUGACAACUAUCAUGCAUUCAUUAAUUUUUUAUGUUUCGUGCAUUUUCUUGUAUGUCCCUCAAAGCGUUUUGUUUCCAGAAUUAUUAUACAACGUGUACAUUGGGGAAAUUACAUUUAUAUGUACAAUAAAAGCUAAUUUUCCAUAAUA